AUGAACAGACUUGUUUCACCGAAUUGCCUCAAAUGCCCUACCUUCCAUGCGGGAAGGUGCUCAGGAACAGCCAAACGGCUCUUGGCAACUGAAGCGUCGCCACUCACUCGAAAGGACAAGCAAGAGGGCGAUAUUUCCUCUGUGUUCUCAACUUUCUCUGGCAGAAAGAGCGCGCCACUACCCGACCGUUUCCGGGAGUUGAAGCGUAACUUGACCACCGGGUUCGAAGAGGAGAUUCAAAAGUCGUGGGAUGACCUAGUUGAGACUCUGAAAGUACGAACUGAAGAAGUCGCUUCCAAGCGAGAGUCUAUCAUUCCUCAACUGAAGUUUUCCGAUAUUCAGUCUGGUAAUGUAUCUCCGGCGAGUGUUGAAGCCAUCCGACGCACCGGUGUUGCCGUCAUCAGAGGGGUUGUGCCGGCAGGUGUCGCUGAAGGGCUCCUCUCUGACGUUCGUCAAUACUUUGAUGCGCACCCUUUCAAAGGCUUCCCGUCUGAUGCGGAAAAGAAGGUUAUUUAUGAAUCAUAUUGGAGUCCUUCUCAAGUGAAGGCGAGGUCGCACCCCAAUAUGCUCGCUACGCAAUCGUGGAUGAAUCAACUCUAUUCCGCCGACCCAGAUCAAAAGAUUGAUCUCUCGGUCCCGCUCAGUUACUGUGACCGUGUCCAAAUCCGCCCACCUGGCGAUAAACACUUUGGGCUUCCGCCUCACGUCGAUGGUGGAGGAGUUGAGAGAUGGGAGGACCGCUCUUACAACCAUGUCUACCGCAAGAUCUUUCAAGGAAAGUGGCAUGAGUACGACCCAUGGGAUCUGACUGGCCGCCUUGAUGCCAACAUGAAUAUGUAUGAAGGGCCAGGAGGUUGCUCAGUCUUCCGAACCUUCCAAAGCUGGCUCGGAUUAUCUCGCCAUGGACCCCAGCAAGGUACUCUUGUCGUUCAUCCCAUCUUGCAGCCCACCACUGCUUACUGGAUGCUUCGACCCUUUUUCAAGCCUACACGAAAGGGCUCCUUGGACGGAUGGAAGUUUUCCCUUGAUGACGAAGAAGGCGAUGUUUAUCUGCAUGGUGCCAAUCCGGGAACUGCCCAAGAGCAUACCCCUGACCGCCAUCCCCAUCUAAUGCUCAGCGAAACCAUGAUCCCCUAUCCUACCGUUGAGCCAGGUGACACCGUGUUCUGGAGCGCUGAUACCAUUCACGGUACGGAGAGUGACAACACAGGAGACAAUGAUGCUUGUGUGUUUUACAUUCCGUCGGUUCCACUGACCCCUAACAAUGCGCAAUACGUCGCGCAGCAACGCGAUGCUUUCUUGAAGGGCGUUCCUCCACCAGACUUCCCGGGUGGGCUUGGCGAGUCUCAGUUCUCUGAUAGAGCACAAGUUGGAGACAUCCAAUCCGAAGCUGGCAGAAUGGCUAUGGGACUGAGUCCUAUGAAAGUCAAUGGAAAGAACGAGAAACUUGCGCACGAAGUGAACAAAAUUUUAGGCUACUGA